GCUGCUGGAGGCAAUCACUGCAAUUCCUCCUUCAGGGCUUUCAAAGAGACAUGGCACAGACUGGAUUUAGGAUUUUGCUACUCAUAAGCUUGCUACUGCUGGAUCAGACCAUCAGCCAGGCUUCCAAAUUCAAAGCCAGGAAGCACAGCAAACGUAGAGUGAAAGAAAAAGAUGACCUGAAGACUCAGAUUGACAAGUUGUGGCGAGAAGUAAAUGCUCUGAAGGAAAUACAAGCACUCCAGACAGUGUGCCUUCGUGGGACCAAGGCCCAUAAGAAGUGCUACCUCAUGUCAGAAGGCACCAAACAUUUCCACGAGGCCAACGAGGACUGCAUAUCCAAGGGGGGAACAUUGGCCAUCCCCAGGAAUAACGAGGAAACCAACAUCCUUCGAGAUUACGGCAAGAAAAGCGUGCCCCGAGCGUCCGAGUUCUGGCUGGGCAUCACGGACAUGGUGAACGAGGGGCAGUUUGUGGAUGUCAGCGGCAUGGCUCUGCAGUACUCCAACUGGGACCGUGCCCAGCCCAACGGGGGCAAGAGGCAAAACUGYGUGUUCUUUUCUCAGUCAUCCCAAGGCAGGUGGGUGGAUGAAGUCUGCCGCACUGCCAAGAGAUACAUUUGUGAAUUCCUGAUCCCAUAAUUACGCACACAAAAGACCACGGCCGUGUUCUGGGUUAUCAAUACACAGUUUUGCUUUAUGACCCCUCCCACUUAGAGAGUGGAGAGUUAAAAUCAUACCUCUCCUGCAUUGAACUCACUCUUUCCUGAAACAAGUUUUCUUUGUUAAUUUAUUUUCUAUUCRGAUGCUAAAAAUGUUUAGUGACUACGCUCAUUAUGUACAGGGAUAUAUAUUAUGUUGUGACCUACAUCGUAUCAUAUUUUAGCAUAUUAUUUCAGCCUGAUGUUUGGGUUGCUGGAUGUCACCUCCUAUUUCUGUACUUUAAUUACAAAAUAUUGCUGCAUGGUAACCCUUUCCAAUGAGGUGCAGGGAUCCUCUCAGCUCUGGAGUUUAAGAGGGGCUUUGAGAUUACGUGAGCUCCUGCGAAAAACAGCCAU